AUGAUAAAGCCCCUGUCGCCGAAACGCGUCUCCGCGUGACCUCCGGCAGCAGCACGCGACACUGGGCUGCAUGGCUUCCUGCAGCUCCCAUGGCCAGCAUUAUCUGGCGGGGCCGGCGGCGGGGCCGGUGGCGGGGCGGCCGGGCGCCUGCAGGCUGCUCGGGCGGCCGCCCUCUGCACUCUCGCGCCGCGGCUCCUUCCCGCCGCUUGUUGUUAGCUCCGAACGGCUGGUCUUUGGUAGUGGGUCAGCUGCUGCAGCAGCCAUGGGCCGCAGCUGUUGCUUUGCGAGCACAGUCGCAGCCGCUGCAAACCAUGGUGUCGGCCUCCGCUCGCCGGCCGGCGACGCCGACCCACUGCGGCGGACCAAGCGGCAGCUGCGCUUCCCGCGGAGUCGCGGCAGCGACCCAGGCGGACGGGAUGUCUCCGAUCGCGUAGACGGCGAACAGCAGCCAGGUUCCGGGAACCGCACCGCGCAGCAGCUGACCAUGCGAAUGGACACGAACUACGACUGGUCCGGCCUCCGCGCUCUGCAGCAGGUCUACGGCCCCGAGCGGCUAGGCGACAUCCGGCGCUCUCUCUGUGAGCGGCCCUACGACCAGCCCAUUGCGCUGUUCGACGCCCAGGACGGGAGGAUUACGGCGCGCUACCGAGGAGCGCUGAAAGCACGUCUGGAUCGCUGGAAGUCUCAAUGCUUACCACACCAGCCACGCCUGCGCAUCUACGAUCUCGCACUGCAGUCGCGAUCUGGCAACUCAUUUGCACAGCGGCUGCAGCUGCGUCCGGGGGCCGCACUGCGGCUGCGCGGCUUUGACACCGAUGGCCACACGCUAGUGGUGGAGUUGGUGUCGGCGGGCGAGCAGGGCAGUAACAGCAACAGCACUAGCAACAACAACAGCGCUAGCAACAGCAGCAGCGCUAGCAACAGCAACAGCGCUAGCAGCUGCAGCAGCAGCAGCACUAGCAACAGCAGCACCGGCGGCGGUGGCGGCAUCCCAGCAGCGGUACGGCUGACAUCCAAUGGCACCUGUUGGGGCAAAGCCGCCCUGACUGGUGCCAUUGGCAAAGAGAGGCUGAGUGAAAUCCAGCACCUCGUCACCAACACGGGCCGCCCCUACCCGCUCACCAUCGCCGUGGUCGAUCCCGACACGGGCGCCAUCACGGGCCGCUUCAGCGGGGCGCUGAGGCUGCAGAGGGAUGGGCCUUUCUUGUCACCCUACAUCGCUUGUAGCAAGCUCAAGCGGCGCUUGGCCUUGCGGAAGGGCGCGCAACUGCUGCUGCGGCGCUUUGACGAGGCCAGUCGGACGCUGGAGGUGACGGUGCUGAGGCGGGGCGGCCGUCGCGAGGGCGACAGCGACAGCAAAGCCGAGAGGUCAGCAGCAAUUGGGAAGGACGUGUCUGGCCCCGCGGCUGGCGUGGCGGCGGCUGCCACUCAUCAGCAGGCACCGCCGCCGCCGCCACCGCCAAUGGUCUCUAGUUCAGCCGCCGCCAGCCCCAGCCCCAGCGGCGUUGGCAGCGACGGCGCCUCGCACUACCCAAUGGCCAUUGCGGACCACCAAUGGCAGGCGGCGACGGCAGGGCCGGCCGCAAGCCGUGGUGGGGGAGGCGCCGUCCCGGCGGCCACCAGCGCUGCCGCUGCUGGCCCCGCCCGGAGCCCGCCUGCCGCACCCGACCGGCUGGCCCCGCCGCCGCCGCCGCAGGGGUACGUGGAGCCAGCCGCCGCUCAGCUGCCGCCACCACAGCAGGGGGCGGGCGGGAUGGGCCAUGGGCACGCGGUCUCAGCCCCGGCGCCGGCUGCAGCAGCCAGCCUGAGGCUUGAUGAUGCCGGGGCGGCGGUAGAGGCGGGUGCUGCAGCGAGCAGGGACAGUGGCAGCGGCGGCAGCAGUGGCGGUGGUGGAGCGGUCGUGACGCCGCUUGUACCCGUGGUGGCGGAGCAGAUAGGCGGUAAGCGGGCGGAGGAGGAGGAUGAUGGCGGAGAACGGCGGGCAGCGGAAGGAGGAGCAGCCGGGCGUUUGUCGGCGGGGUCCGGGCCGCUGCCCUCACAGCAGUCCGCGCCUGACCCCCUGGCCGACGUGCUUGCCGCCCUCAGGGGUGUAGAGGCAGCACGCGCCGAGGCAGACGUAGCAGCAACCGCGGCUGCUGCGUCUGCGGCCGCGGCCGAAGCCGCUCAGGCGGCCGUAAAUGCUGCCACCGCAGAGGCGGAGGUGAAGGCUGCCGCGUAUCUAGCUGCUGUUGCACCAGCGAGGCCUUUAGGAGGGCAAGCGCGGAAGUGCAGAGCAGAGGAUUGACGGUCCUAGGUUGCGGCUCAGCAGGUGUGGCGCAGCAGCGGGCCGCACUGCUGGCAGUGGUACCCCGGCGGCCGCUCCUAGUGCGGCAAGAGAGGAAAGGGGGCUGGAGGUUAACGUAAGAGGUGUUCGGGGACAUGGCAAGGUGCGUGCCGGCGUGCGGGGCGUGCGCCUGAAUGGGCUGCACCGCAAGCUGUGUCGGCGACAGCAGAUGCGAUACUGUAUGACGGCUCUUGGGAAUGGCGGCGGGUGUGGCUCAGCAGCGCGGGCCGCACGGCUGGCGGGCUGGGUGGGUUUGCACCAAGAGAAUGCCCUUACAUGUAGGAGGUUGUGGAUUGGCGGCCCUAGGUUCUGCAGCGGGUGUCGCUCAGCCGGAGACACGUGCUGCCGGCGGUGGCCCGGUGACCACUCCUGGUGUAGCCUCAGCAGUGGGGGCUGGGGAGCAGGCUCGGGAGGCUCGGGGAUUGAUUCCCGUUGCAUGGGGCGGCGGUGCCACCGUACGGGUUGCGCGGCGCUGGUAGCGAGCUGGUGCAGCAACAACUCAGGAUGUUGAAUGAUGGCUUAUGGCGCAGCAGCGCAGGUUCAAGGCUAGGCAACAGGAUGGCUGAGGUCGGGGCUGCUCAGGCACUGGCAGAGACCUGACGUUGCGUUGGUAUGCAUGUGUGUAUGUGUGGUUGCACACAAAACUGGCCGCCUGUGCGUGCAGAGGCCACAACGCACACGCUUGCUGCACCGCGGCACGGCGGUAGCCCUGCAGUGGCCUGAGCAAGCCCGUGCAUGCCUCUAGAGUCAGGUAGGCUUUGCGCCAGGAGAGCUCGGGGGGAGGAGAUACGCACCGUGACGCGGUGCCGGCAUGUGUGCGGCGGCCAGGGAGGAGAUGAGGCGCACUGGGCAGGUUGAGUUGUUCACAGUUGUGCGAUACGGGCACGUGCAUGUGCGUGUACCCGGGGUUGGGGGAUGAGAAUGCAUGGACACAUGCUGCAAGUAGUGGCAGCACGUUUGUGGACGGAAUGGGAGAUCAGGCAGA